AAUAAUAAUGACAAAGGCCAGGUUGUACUAGCAUUUGCUUAGUUCAUUGGGCGUUCUCUUGUUGAAUUAUGCAUCUCGAACAUUGAAUUGUUCGAGCUUGCUUCGAUGGCGUCGCCACGGACUUUGUGGGGAGUUUUGUUUGCUACGACGGCCUUAAAUUUCAUGAUGAGAUAUCGGAAACGACGACACAACUUGAUCUCUACAGCUUGCACCUCGCCAUGUUGAUAUUCCCAGUCGAUAUAUAACCGAUCGGAAGUUGCAGGAGCUUAAUCUGCAGUGCACAAUGGGAAAACCCCAACCUGCAGCAGCCGUCGACCCUGCCGCCGACAUGGAUUCCAGCAGUGAUGGCAUGGAACUUGGACCUACUGAGGCCGGGGAAGUUCUGCAUCUAGAUGCAGAUGCGCCCAACAACAGCAAGCCUACUGCUCCGCCGGCGACCGUCAUCGACUAUUCGGAGAUGUUACCACCGCCGUCGCCUAAGCGCACGAAUGAGGCUUGUCCGAACCACCAAGAACAUCCAGGGAUUGGCCGGCCAUGGACGACCGGACUUUUCGACUGCGGACGCAAUGAGACUAAUGCCAUGCUGACUGCCUACUGCCCCUGCGUAACCUUUGGACAGGUUGCAGAGGUCUUGGAUGAGGGCAAGACCAGGUGUGCUCUGGCAAGUUUCAUGUACCUGCUGAUGUCUCCUGCACUGUGCACCUGUUGGAUUCUGGGAGCCCAUUACAGGCACCAGCUGAGAACAAAGUAUAACCUAGUGCAAGCUCCUGCUGAGGAUUGGGUUCUCCAUCUCUUCUGCCCGUGCUGCGCCCUGUGCCAGGAAUACAGAGAGCUUCAAAACAGAGGAAUUGACCCUUCUCUUGGGUGGAUGGGUUAUCUUGCUCAGCAGCAAGAAACGAAGACUGCUGCUCCAGAAAGCCAGUCCAUGGACAAAUAACAAGGAGAUGGGAAUUUCUCUUUUAGUUCGCCGUGAAAUCCGAAGCUGGAAUAUCAAGCAAU